AUGGGAAAGCCAAGUACUAUACUUGACUUUUUCAAAAGACAAAAUGCACAAUGUUCAAAUGUCAAUGUUGGUGAUGCAUCAUCGCCAACUUCUGAUAUCCUAGUUUCUGAAAAUUCUCCUAACAAAUCUCGAAGAGUUGACAUCAAUGCUAAAAAUUCUCCUAACAAUUCUCGAAGAGUUGACAUCAAUGAAUUUGAUGUUAGUUCAUUGGAAUAUGAUCCUGCAUUGCGUCAUCAGAUAUGGGAUUAUGAUGUUAAUCAACCAUUUUGUCUGCCAUGUUUUCUCUUUAAUAAGCCAUCUGGGCAUUACGCGCAACGUGUAUUCACUAUAGAUGGAUUUAAGAAUUGGAAGAAAGUUAGAGAUGGAAAACAUUGUGCUUUUCUCAAUCAUGUAGGGAAAGAUCCUAAUUCAAUUCAUAGAAUGCCUGAGAGAGCAUAUGACGACUUCAUGAACCAAUCUCAACAUAUAGAAAAUGUGUUUGAAAAUUUCACUUCUGAACAAAUUGCAAAUAAUCGACUUCAGUUGAAAGCAUCAAUUGAUAUUGUUCGAGUGCUUCCAUUUCAAGGUAUUGCUUUUAGAGGUCGGGAUGAAAGUGUGGGUUCAAAGAAUCGUGAAAAUUUUCUUGAAAUAUUGGAUUUGACGGUUUCAUAUAAUGAAAAAAUUGCUGAAGCAAUUCAUGAUGAAAUUGGUGAUGCAAAGUUUUGCAUACUUGUUGAUGAAGCUCGUGAUGAGUCAAUGAAGGAGCAAAUGGCUAUAGUUUUAAGAUUUGUUGACAAAGAUGGCUUCGUACGAGAACCUUUUUUUGGGCUUGUUCAUGGAUAUGACGGUGCAAGUAACAUGCGAGGUGGGUGGAAUGGGUUGCAAGCUUUGGUUUCAAAUGAUUGUCCAUAUGCCUACUACAUUCAUUGUUUCGCACAUCGUUUGCAAUUGGCAUUAGUGGCGGCAUCAAAAGAAGUUAUUCCAAUUCAUCAAUUUUUUACUAAUUUGAGUUUUAUUGUCAAUAUUGUUUGUGCAUCAUGCAAUCGAUUUGAAGAUUUACGGGUUGCCCAAGCUGCUGAAUUUGCUUACUUGAUUGAAAUUGAUGAGAUUGAGACUGGAAGGGGACUUAAUCAAAUUAGUACUUUACAACGGGCUGGAGAUACUCAUUGGAGUUCUCACUUGAGAUCAGUUUCUAGCUUGAUCAAAAUUUUUAGUCCAGCUUCUGAAGUUAUUGUUAAACUCAUUGAUAUGGAAACUACUUCUUCCGAACAAGCAAAAGUAGAUUCAGUUCAUCAGCUUGUUUCAUCCACUAAAGCACUUAUCCAACAAUAUAGAGAUGAUAAAUGGGAUGUUUUACUUGACAUUGUGAAGUCAUUUUGCAAGAAAUGCAACAUAGAAGUUCCAGAUAUAAAUGCUCGUUAUGUUGAGAGACGAGGUCGUGCUCGCCACCAACAAGCCGACUCUACAAUUGAGCAACAUUAUAGAGUGAAUAUUUUUUGUGCCGCAAGAGAUUCUCAGUUGCAAGAAUUAAAUCGCCGGUUCAGUGAGCAUGCAGUAGAGUUGCUUAUUCUUGCCUCAGCUCUUGAUCCUCAAGUUGCCCGUAAAUCUUUUAGAAUUGAUGAUAUUUGUCAGUUGGUAAACAAGUUUUAUCCGCAAGACUUUACUGAUCUCGAAAAAUAA